AAAAAAAAAAAAAAAAAAAAAAAAAACCCCUCGGUUUCUCCGUUAUCAUUCCGGCUGUUUUCUUUGUUUCUCCUCUUUGUUUCUCCUCUUCUUCUUAUCCAUCAUGCUCUAGGCCUAGAAACCGACUUUUCACCCGAUAGAAAGGGAGUGGAGCAAGCCAGGAAGGACGCGAUUCAUGCAGCUUAUUUCCCAAACUAAGCAGGACACCCAGACACGGAAUUGAUAAACUGCCGCAGGACCGGCAGCUCAGUUCAACACGUGAGAAAAUAACAGACCACGUCUCCAAGCAAGAAGGCACAAUGAACCCUCAAAUCCAUACCGAACCGGUCAUGCAACCGGAACCCCAACAGUACAUCCAACCGGUGGACGAAAAAACCCCCGACGGGGAUAUCGGCUACACCAAAGACGGAACUACCUGGGAGCAAAACGCAGGCAAAACUCCAAGCCAAAGCGACGAGGAUGGCGAGAUGAUCUCCAAACCGUGGUAUCGUCGUUGGCUACGACACUGGAAGCAUGCCGCCUACGCGGUCAUCUGGCUCUUGUUCACCGGAUGGUGGAUAGCCAGUCUCAUCCUGCACCGACAUGACAAGAACUGGGUUAUCCCGUUCCUGCUAUACCUCGCCAUCACACUGCGGAUUAUCUUCUUCUACGUUCCCGUCUCCAUCAUCACGCGACCAGUGUUCUAUGUCUGGAAACGCACAGCUACACCCUUCGUCCGCUUGAUCCCCGAGAAACUGCGAAUCCCAGCCGCAGCCCUCCUCACCAUCGCGGUAAUCCUAAUCGGCUCCUUCGCCUCGCCAGAAUCCGCAGAUAACACGCGCGACAACCGCGCCGUCAGUCUGUUCGGUCUGGUCGUGUGCAUUUUCAGUCUCUGGGUUACCUCACGAGACCGCAGUCGGGUCAAUUGGCACACGGUGAUUGUGGGUAUGCUGGUGCAGUUCAUCAUCGCGCUGUUCGUCCUGCGCACCACGGCCGGUUACGACAUCUUCAAUUUCAUCUCGACGCUGGCGCGCGAACUCCUCGACUUCUCAACACAAGGCACCGAUUUCUUAACCACAAAUGGCUUUGCCGCAAAUCACAGCGGUUGGUUCAUCGCCGGGGUUGUCCCAGCCAUUAUCUUCUUCGUCUCCUUUGUUCAGCUGCUGUACUACUUUCACAUCAUCCAGUGGUUCGUUGUCAAGUUCGCUGCGUUCUUCUUUUGGAGCAUGCGUGUAUCUGGCUCGGAGGCCGUUGUCGCAGCUGCGUCGCCUUUCAUCGGACAGGGUGAAUCCGCAAUGCUCAUCAAGCCAUUUGUCGCACAUCUUACCAUGGCUGAAAUCCACCAAGUCAUGUGUUCCGGUUUCGCCACAAUUGCAGGCUCCCUGCUCGUCUCCUUCAUCGGCCUGGGUGUUAGCUCCCAGGCUCUCAUCUCAUCUUGUGUCAUGAGUAUCCCCGCCUCGUUGGCAGCCUCUAAACUACGGUGGCCCGAGAGCGAGGGCGAGACUCUCACAGCUGGCCGCGUGGUUAUCCCCGAGGAACCCGAGGAAGAGCGGCCCGCAAAUGCAUUGCAUGCAUUUGCCAACGGCGCGUGGGUUGGUAUCAAGAUCGCGGGUCUCAUGAGCGCUACUCUGCUCUGUAUAAUCUCGCUCAUUGGCCUCAUAGACGGUCUUUUGACCUGGUGGGGUCGCUAUCUUAACAUCAAUGAGCCGACGUUGACGCUCCAGCUGAUUGUUGGGUACAUCUGUUACCCGAUUGCAUUUUUGCUUGGUGUCUCUCGCGAUGGUGAUGACAUUCUGAAAGUUGGGCAGUUGAUUGGGAUGAAAUUGAUAUCGCAGCAGAAUGAAUUCGUCGCCUACCAAUACCUUCAAACGGACAGCGAGUAUGCGGAUCUUUCUGCACGCUCUCGCGUUAUCGCUACUUAUGCCCUCUGCGGUUUUGCCAACAUUGGCUCGCUGGGUAACCAGAUUGGUGUGCUGGCUCAGAUCGCCCCGUCCCGUGCUGGUGAUGUCUCGCGCGUUGCUAUCAGUGCCAUGUUGACGGGAGCAAUCAGCACUUUCACUAGUGCCGCGAUUGCAGGGCUAUUGAUCACCGAUGAGCAACAGUACAUCUCAUCAUAG